AACCACCUGCUCUACUAGCCAACCAACUUUGGCACAAAUGACAAGGCAUAGUGAAGAAGCUGCUAAGCCUUACAAAGCUCUUACCUGUUUGCAAUUCUCUGUGAGUGAUGAGAUUUUCAAUAGGAUCAUUCAUUGUGAAAUAGUAAAGGAGGCAUGGGACAGGAUUGAAGAAGAGUUUCAUGGAGAUGACAAAGCCAAGCGUAUGCAGGUGGUGAACCAGAUGAGGUUGCUUGGAGAAAAUGUGCUUGACAAAAGGGUUGUGGAAAAGGUCUUAGUGAGUCUUCCUAAAAAAUUUGAGCACAAAAUCUCUUCUCUAGAAGAUUCAAGGGACUUGACCAAGAUUCCCUUAACCGAGCUUAUUAGUUCCCUGCAAGCAGUGGAGCAAAGAAAGGCAUUGAGAGUUGAAAAUGCCAUAGAAGGUGCACUUGUAGCAUUUGAAAUAAGCAAAGCUCAAGUAACGGAAGGUGGAAUGGGUUAUGCGCGUGAGGGAGAAGGAAAAGAGAAGAAAGGGUAUCAAAACCACAAAUAUGAAAACAACAAGGAGAGCUAUGCACCUUGCUCUCAUUGCAAAAAGAAAGGCCAUUCCGAGAAAUAUUGCUGGUUUAGGCCUGGAGUUCAAUGCAGAAAAUUUGUUGAGGAGGAGGAAAAGCAUCUGUUUAUGGCUAUUAAGACUGAAGAGUGUAGCGAUGCCAUCUUGAGCAGUGACUCUUGGUUGAUUGAUAGUGACUGUACAAACCACAUGACCCCAAAUGUAGUUGUAUUCAAAAGCCUUGAUAAAAAAUACAAUUCAAAAGUGAGACUUGCAAAUGGAGAAUUGGUGGAGGUCAAAGGCAAGGAAGUAGCUGCUAUUGAGACACAAACAAGUAUCAAAUACAUUCAUGAUGUGUUGUUUGUGCCUAAUAUUAGCUAUAGCUUGAUUAGUGUGGGUCAUGAUUGAAUAUGAUUAUGUCCUACAUUUUGAUGACAAAGUAUGUGAAAUAAAACAUAAAUUUGGUUCAAAACUAUUCACUGUUAGAAUGAAUGAAAAGAGUUUUU